AUGGAAGACGUAGACGAUGCUGAUGGAGACAUGGAAAACGACGAUGACGAUAACGAUGAUGAGCAGGAUGAUAACGACCGUGAAGAAACCGGAGAUGACGCGCAAGAGAAGGGCGACGAGGCAGCGGCACGUGAUGCAAGAGAACCCUCUAGAGCAGGGUCGGCAGCCGCGAGGGCAUCUCCAGAAGGCAAGGGCAAAUCGCCAAUGCCUUUUUCGAGUCUUUUCCCGACUGUACGACCAGAAGCUGUCAGAGCCCGACUGUACGAUAUCGUGCCUACGAUGGCCGCCCCCCAGGCAACUAGUAUCAAUGCCAUCGCCAUCACGCCCGACCUUCGGUACUGGAUGACGGGAGGUUCUGACGGCUACAUCCGAAAAUACGACGGCCCGGGUACGAUCAACGGCAAGCAGCUUUUGACAGUUGCGCAAAGGCACCCCUUCGUCGAUAGUGUCGUCAAGGCGGGCAUCCUUAUGUCGUACUGGGAAAAUGAAGAGCCGGGCCCGCCCAACCCCAGAGGUAAUGAGGAGCAUGUGCUAUCCCCCGUAUACUCCUUGGCCGUUCACUCGCAGGCCUUGUGGCUUCUGUCUGGCCUGGAAUCAGGUGGAAUCAACCUUCAAAGCGUAAGACACGACGAAGGAAAACGCAUUACAUGCCUGCAGCAACACACCAAUGCCGUUAGUGUCUUGACAUUAGCACAGGACGAGAAGAGUGUUUUGAGCGGCAGUUGGGAUAAAAAUAUCUACGAUUGGGACUUGCAUACAGGAGGUGUGAAGCGGUCAUUUGACGGCAGCGGAGGCCAGAUUUCUGCCAUUGAGCUUCGCCCAGUUAAUGGAGCACCAAUUCCUGCCGAGGCGAGGGAGGAGGACAUCAAAUUCGACGCUACAUUUACUUCGAACAACAACAAGCCCCUGCAGAACGGCGCUGCGGAUGCCGCGAACGGGGCUGACGCGUUGGCAUCCGCCACGUCUGGUGAGGUCGCCGAGGGACAGGCAUCGCCCGCGCAUGAGUCGCUCUUUGGUGGCAGUGACACUGGAUCUCUUUUCGGUGAUAACGUUGCAGCCAACUAUGGCGGUGAUGACGAUGAUGAGUUCUCAAGGGCAAUGGGUGACAUGGGAAUGCCUCCGCUUCACGACGGCUCUGGGCAGGAUGGGGGCAUGGACCAUUCGGCCGACAUUGACAUGACCAAUGCAUUUAACGCCGACUCAGCCUCGGCACCAGCCGCUCAACCUCGGGGGAGCAGCAGUCCGGAAGCUUCAAAGCAUCUGCCCCCAGCACUGGCUCCGGACGUUGCGGCUCCGGACCGUCCCUCCACGCAGGAUGGUGCGAAAGAUACUGCCGUACAGCUCCUAGCUUCCGACAUCCCGGAGGUCCCCCCAGUGCCUGAUGCACAGAUAGACGAGCCAGCACCCGGAUCACCGUCUAUGGUCUUCGCAUCAGAGCCCGCUGUUCCAGCCAUGGAUCCCACCCAGUCAGCCGAUACGAUAUUCUUCUCCGCAGCCAUCGACGGCACAAUUAGACUGUGGGACCGGCGUGUGCAAGACCCUGUUGCCAGAAUAAGCAACCAGCGGGGCGUACCCCCUUGGUGCAUGGGCGCUUGCUGGAGCCCAGAUGGCAACUGGAUUUACGCUGGUAGACGAAACGGAACAGUAGAGGAGUACAGCAUCCACAAAGCUAGAAGUGGAUGGGCCCCGGAACGGACUCUCAAGUUCCCGGCCGGUAGCGGAGCUGUGAGCGCAGUGCGAGCAAUGCCGAAUGGCCGACAUCUAGUCUGUGCCUCACAUGAUAUUCUCCGGUUGUACGAUCUGAAAGACACGCGCGCAUUCAAGCACUCGACGGUCCCCUUCCUGAUUAUUCCCGGCCCCCCGCGCGCCGGUGUCAUAUCAACCCUCUACAUUGACCGGACAUGCCGCUUCAUGCUCUCGGCUGCCGGGACACGUGGCUGGGAAGGCACGAGCACCGAGGUUCUCAUAGGAUAUGAAAUCGGUGUUACCGAAGAAAAGUGA